CAAAAACCUCAGUUUUUUCUUCACGAAAAUGGCUUCACUUUCUCUCAAAACCAAAUUUUUUCUCCAUCCAAACAACACUUCUAUCCAUUUUCACCCACAAAACAAGCUUCAAAGCAUCAACUUUCCAAAGAAAGUAAAGCUAAAAAUCAAAGUAACAUGCUCGGCCGAAGACCAACAAUCACAACAACGACAAAAACAAAAACAACAAAAGCGAUUUAAGAAGAAGAGAAGUGUAAGUGAAGGAGAGAAAGGAGUUGACCCAGUUGGGUUCCUUACAAAACUCAACAUUACUCAUAAGCCCUUUGCUCAGUUUCUUCGAGAAAGGCACAAAGCACUAAAGGACCUGCAAGAUGAGAUUUUCAAACGGUUCCUCAAUUUGCAGGAGUUCUCAACUGGAUAUCAGAUACUGGGUAUGCAUCGUCAUGUGGAACAUCGUGUCGAUUAUAUGGAUUGGGCUCCAGGUGCUCGCUAUUGUGCAUUGGUUGGUGACUUCAAUGGAUGGUCACCAACAGAAAAUUGUGCUCGUGAAGGUCAUUUUGGCCAUGAUGAUUAUGGUUACUGGUUUAUCAUUCUUGAAGAUAAAUUAAGGGAAGGAGAGAAACCGGAUGAACUAUAUUUUCAGCAGUAUAACUAUGUGGAUGACUAUGACAAAGGUGAUAGUGGUGUUAGCAUUCACGAGAUCUUCAAGAAAGCAAAUGAUGAGUACUGGGAACCUGGAGAGGACCGUUUUGUAAAUCACCGUUUUGAACUGCCUGCAAAGUUAUAUGAGCAACUCUUUGGGCCUAAUGGUCCUCAAACAAUAGAGGAUUUAGGGGAAAUACCAGAUGCAGAAACAAGAUAUAAGGCAUGGAAAGAAGAACAUAAAGAUGAUCCACCAAGUAACCUACCUCCACUUGAUGUGAUUGAUAAAGGAAAAAAUUAUGAUAUAUACAGUAUUGAGAGUGAUCCUUUGUGGCAAGAGAAAUUUCGUUCUAAAGAGCCUCCCAUUCCAUACUGGUUGGAGGUACGUAAAGGAAGGAAGGCAUGGUUGAAGAAGUACACUCCAGCAAUUCCUCAUGGAAGCAAAUACAGGGUUUAUUUCAACACUCCUGAUGGGCCAUUGGAACGCGUACCUGCCUGGGCUACUUAUGUACAACCUGAUGCAGAAGGAAAACAAGCUUUUGCCAUCCACUGGGAACCACCCCCUGAAUGUGCAUACAAGUGGAGGAACACACACCCAAAAGUGCCAAAGUCCUUACGUAUAUAUGAAUGCCAUGUUGGAAUAAGUGGAUCAGAGCCCAAAAUAUCUUCAUUCAAUGAGUUUACAGAGAAGGUCCUUCCCCAUGUAAAGGAAUCUGGAUACAACGCAAUCCAGUUAAUUGGAGUUGUGGAACACAAAGAUUACUUCACUAUUGGUUAUAAAGUCACCAAUUUGUUUGCUGUCAGCAGUAGAUAUGGCACUCCUGAUGAUUUCAAGCGCCUGGUUGAUGAAGCACAUGGAUUGGGACUUCUGGUCUUCUUAGACAUUGUCCAUUCCUAUUCAGCUGCAGACCAAAUGGUUGGACUAUCAAUGUUUGAUGGAUCAAAUGACUGCUACUUCCAUUCUGGUAAGCGAGGUUUUCACAAAUACUGGGGAACCAGGAUGUUCAAAUAUGGCGAUAUUGAUGUGCUACAGUUUCUCCUUUCUAAUCUAAACUGGUGGGUUGAGGAAUAUCAGAUCGAUGGUUUUCAGUUCCAUUCACUCUCAUCAAUGAUGUAUACGCACAAUGGUUUUGCGUCCUUUACUGGUGAAUUGGAUGAUUAUUGUAAUUCUGUUGACAAGGAUGCAUUAUUAUAUCUCAUUUUGGCAAAUGAGAUACUGCAUGCUCUUCAUCCUAAUAUUGUAACUAUUGCUGAAGAUAGCACAUAUUAUCCUGGACUGUGCGAGCCAACUUCUCAAGGUGGACUGGGAUUUGAUUAUUUCGUCAAUCUUUCUGUGUCAGAUAUGUGGCAAUCUUUCCUUGAGAAUACUCCUGACCGUGAAUGGAGCAUGACCAAGAUUGUCAGCACAUUAGUGAGCAGUGGAAAGUAUUCAGAUAAGAUGCUUGUGUAUGCUGAAAAUCAUAACCAAUCCAUAUCUGGAGGGAAGUCGUUUGCAGAGAUAUUGUUUGGUGAAAUUACAGAGCAUUCUCCUGGCUCAAGUGAUUCAUUUCUUAGAGGGUGCUCACUACACAAAAUGAUCAGAUUGAUUACAUUUACAAUUGGCGGUCGUGCUUACCUUAACUUCAUGGGCAAUGAAUUUGGCCAUCCAAAGAGGGUUGAGUUCCCAAUGCCAAGCAACAACUUCUCAUUCUCACUUGCCAACCGUCGCUGGGAUUUGCUUGCAAAUGGAGGAGUAUAUGAGAAUUUAUACUCCUUUGAUAAGGAACUAAUGAAGUUGGAUGAAAAUGAAAGGGUGCUUUCAAGAGGUUUGCCAAACAUUCACCAUGAAUGAUACCAAGAUGGUAAUAUCUUACACAAGAGGUCCUCUUCUCUUUAUAUUCAACUUUCAUCCAUCAAUUCUUAUGAGAAAUACAAUGUCGGUGUUGAAGGCUGGAGAGUAUAA